CAUUAGCCUAUCUGUGGGGUUCCUGCCUGAUACCGCGGUCGAUUGCGAGUCAAUCUGUGAUCCAUUACCUACAAUAUAAAUCUCUGUGCACCCCGGCUGAGUCGCGCUGAACCAAGCAAGUCGAGUCGCGCAAUCAAGAUGCCGGUAUUCACAGAAUUCUCCUCCAAGUCACGAGACCUCCGAGUUCUCCCUUCCUUUGCUCUUCCUUUGCCUCGUCUUACCCCACCCUUUCAGCCCACAGGAAAUGAUGGAGUUGAAAGAUACGAAGUAGUUGUUGUUGGGGCCGGACCCGCAGGGCUCAUGACACAGCUUUUGUUGGCCAGAUAUGGGUUGAGCGACGAUUCACUAUUAUGUAUUGACUCGAAAGCAAACACUCUGAAAUCCGGUCAGGCAGAUGGCGUUCAACCCCGAACGUUGGAAGUAUUCAAGACUCUGGGCAUUUCGGACGAGAUUGAAAAUGAGGCCUGCCAGAUGUGGCAGUUCGCCUUCUGGAAUACUUCCACGGACACGUCCAAGACCAUUGAACGCAAAUCCGUUGUUUCUAACGUGAUACCCCCGGCCCGCUUUUGCUACGAGGCUACUAUGCAUCAGGGCCGAAUUGAACGGAUCAUGGAAACUGAUCUACUGCGGUACUCCAAAAGAGGAGUGCAAAGAGACACCAAACUGCUCCAUGUACAGAUUGACGAGAAUGACCCGGAAUUCCCGGUUUUGGCUGCAAUCGAGACUCGUGAUGUCAGAAGAGUGAUUCGUACGAAACAUCUCGUUGGUGCGGAUGGGGCACACUCCACGGUGCGCAAGUGUAUGGGGUUAAGGUUAGAGGGUCAGUCGCUGGACCAUAUCUGGGGCGUUGUGGACAUGGUCGUGGACACAAACUUCCCGGAUAUUCGAAGACGGUGUGCCAUCCAUUCUCCGGCUGGCUCAGUAAUGGUCAUCCCGAGAGAGCGGAUAGUGACGGGUGAGCACCUCACUCGACUCUACGUUCAGGUACCAGGACUAGCAAAGCCAGAAAGCGACGUGACUCCGGGGGGAGCUCCGCCAGAAUUGAAUGUUGAAGAUGCCAGAAUACGCAGAGGGCAGGUGACCCUGGAAGGUAUCCUCAAGCAAGCUUCGGACGCGUUCGAGCCAUAUCACUUGAGACCGAAAAACGGAUUGAUCGAUUGGUGGGCAGCGUAUCAGAUUGGCCAGCGGGUCUCGCCCGACUUCAUCGCAAAAGACUCUGCUGGAGUUCCCAGAGUAUUUAUUGUCGGAGAUGCCUGCCAUACUCAUAGUCCCAAGGCUGGUCAAGGAAUGAAUGUGUCCAUGAUGGACUCUUACAAUCUUGCCUGGAAGCUGGCUUACCACAUUCAUGGACUCAGCGCGGCUUCUGUCGAGCAAGGGACACCGGAUCCCCUUCUCGACACAUACCAUCUAGAACGGCAUGCCAACGCGCAGCAGCUGAUUGACUUUGACCGGCAGUUUUCCACCAUCUUUUCCGGUCAGCUAGAUACGGGGGAGUCCGGGAUGUCUCAUGCGCAGUUUGUGGAAACGUUCAAUACGGGCAACGGCUUCACCAGCGGCUGCGGGGUGGAAUAUCCCGAGAAUAUGAUCGUUGUCAGGGAGCCAUCAGCAAGCCCCGUUCAUGGCGACGACUACUUGUCUGGUAUACUACGACCAGGCAGACGAUUGCUCAAUGUGAAAUUGAGGCGACACGCGGACGGACGGCACCGGGACAUCCAAGAUGACCUGGCAUCAAACGGCCGAUUCCGUGUUCUGACGCUUACCUCGGAUGAUCUCCUUAACGCUCAAGGCGUGUCUGCGCGGGCAUUGCACAAUGUGGCCGCAUUGUUGGGAGAGUUCCCGGCCGAGGUCAUCGAGCAGAUCGUCGUGCACCCGAGACUCCCGAGUGACUUUGAAUGGAACAACAUUCCUGCGUGUGUAAAAGAACAGGCGGAGAUGCGCUUCUACAACGGACACGACCUGGAGGACACAUACGCGAUCUACGGGGUGGACCCUGGUCAGGGGGCGCUGGUGGUGGUACGGCCGGACGGGUAUGUUGGGAUGGUCGCGCAGCUGUGUAAUGUGGGCCACGUCAAGGAGUACCUAAGUCGGUGUAUAAAAACGAUCUAGGAAGGUCAGCGAUCUGGAACAGCAUGUUGACCGAGAAUUGAGGCACACGGCACCAUAACCGUGGAAUUCCGAGGUAGUCCCGUGGGACCAGCUGUCGAUUCACGAGGACUGGCCGUUGCUGGGAGGGGCGUGGUGGCUGAGGCUGCCAGCCGAGGGAUCCGCAUGAGCCACACGCAUCCCCCAUGCAUUAGGGGCCUGUUCGACGUCAUGUGUCAGUUGCAGCACCACCACCGGGACGGAGUUAGAGCCCACAGAAAGGGGG